UGCAGCGCCGGGCAGACUACAACAGGAGUGUUGGGUAGUAGAAAGGAGGUGUCGGGAUGAAGUGUGUUUUGUUUGUGUCGGUUCUGGCUCUUUGGGCGGCGAAGGAGAGCGUCUGUAAGCCAGCCUGCAGGUACCCUCCGUCCCAGUGGUGCAGCUCGUACGAGAUAGCCGUCUCCUGCCAGGUUGAACAGCAAUGUGUUGAGUUCAACAGGAGCCAGAGUGAGGCUCCAGUGCAGAUCAGCCUGUACUACGAGAGUCUGUGUCCUGGCUGCAGAGGCUUCCUUGUCAUGCAGCUGUUUCCCACAUGGCUUUUGCUGAUGGACAUCAUGAACGUUACACUGGUGCCCUAUGGGAAUGCACAGGAGAAGUUUGAUGGUAAGCAGUGGCAGUUUAUGUGCCAGCACGGUGAAGAGGAGUGUCUUGGGAACAUGAUUGAGGCAUGCAUAAUGGGCACUCUGGGUGAUAUUGAGAAAUACUUCCCAGUCAUCUUCUGCAUGGAAUCCUCUCAAGAUGUCAUCCACUCAGGAGAAGCUUGCCUGAAACUGUAUGAACCCACCGUGCAGUGGGAGUCCAUUAUGACAUGCACUAAAGGAGACCAGGGAAACAAACUGAUGCACGCCAACGCACAGCUGACUGACGCUCUGAAACCACCCCACCAGUAUGUGCCCUGGGUGACUGUCAAUGGGGAGCACACAGAUGCAAUUCAGGAUAAAGCCAUGAGUUCUCUCUUCAGUCUAGUCUGCAGUACAUACAAGGGUAAGAAGCCUGCAGCAUGUACAGGAGCAAUGAAGACUAAGCCCACUAACUACUGUAUGAAUUAAGAGCUGCCUAGCACAGGGAAAUAGGAUUGUUUUUAAACUGCUGAUUUUUGUAAUUAAUAAUUACAUUUGCACAACUUUAAAGAGGGGACAUUGUUCAGUACAAAGUACCCAAAGGUGCAUUUUCUGAAACCAUGAUUCUUUUGAUUUUCCGAAAUAUUUCUUUACUAUGGAUCUGUAAAUGGGCUACUUCUUGUUUCCGAAGGCUUCAAAAAUAUAAUACGAGUAUAGUAUAGUGUGUGUGUGUUGUUUAAAUUUAUACAUUUUUACUUUGAUAGAAGUAAAACCAGUUUACUUCCUGUGUUACACAUAAUAGGACCCAUUGUUUCCUGUGUACAGUAAGUGUAAGGUGCAGGUGGAGUCCUAUUUCAUGUAACACAGAAAGGAAGUUUGAGUUUCACCUCCAAAAACAUCAACCGCAAAAUAUUAAGGUCUUGUGCUAAUGUUCUGUUAAGUACAUGUUUCGAAUCUACAGUUUUUCUUAAUUAAAUAUGGCUCUGCAGUUUAAGAAUCUCCUACUAGGAACUGCCUUGAAUUGUAGUAUUAGUGUAUAUUUUUGUAUUUACGAACACUACCACAGGUUUUUAUCAACUUGCUCAGGACGUGAAUUUAUGGUGUGGUGGUAGAAUAAGUGACUCUCCACAGACAACAAUCAAACUGGAAACUAAUGUUUCAGAAUGUUUUUUUUUUUUUUUUUGUAGUAGUACUCUUGCAAUAUACUAAUAAAUGAUUUUUUGUAUGAUUUUAGAUGGUGUGAAUUUAUUUUAAGAUGGGAGUCAAUCAUCUUCAUUAUGGUGCAUUUACGUCAGUACUUAAUCAUAAAGGGAAGCAGCUAGCUUAUAAAUGACAUGACCUGGAAGUGUAACACUAACUGAAAGCACGUUUUAAAAUAAUACUGUGCUUAUUAGAACGUGUUAUUUUCCAAACUGGAUGUACAAGACCUGUAUAUAAUGAAUGGAAGUGCACAAUAGGUAAGAUUUAUGGAAUAUUUGUUUUCAUGCUUAUCAAAUAGUUCAUUGCUAAUUCUUAUUCUGUACAUAUUGUUGAUGUAGGUCAUUGGUACCUGAUACAGUAGCUCUUCUUCUGAAUUGACUGUGGUGGCGAGGAUGUGUUUCUGACGUACUUGUUUUGUUAGCGACAAUCCCUUUAGUGUGUGUGCUAUGUAGAGGUUGAGAAUCAGGACUCUGCUCCAGUGUGAAUGCUGUGUAGAGGUUGAGAAUCAGGACUCUGCUCCAGUGUGAAUGCUGUGUAGAGGUUGAGAAUCGGGACUCUGCUCCAGUGUGAAUGCUGUGUAGAGGUUGAGAAUCGGGACUCUGCUCCAGUGUGAAUGUUGUGUAGAGGUUGAGAAUCGGGACUCUGCUCCAGUGUGAAUGUUGUGUAGAGGUUGAGAAUCGGGACUCUGCUCCAGUGUGAAUGCUGUGUAGAGGUUGAGAAUCGGGACUCUGCUCCAGUGUGAAUGCUGUGUAGAGGUUGAGAAUCGGGACUCUGCUCCAGUGUGAAUGCAAGGCUGGUCUGAAAAGCUGCUGCUUGAUCCUGUUUACCCAGAAUGCUUUACUGUAAUGAAGCAACAGAAUACAGACCGCCAACACCAUAAAAAGUAAGGGAAAUAGUAAAAAAAACAAUUAAAUGACGUUCACAGCUGCUUACUCUUUAUUGUGAAUAGGACCCACAUUUUCAACUGCAUAAGGAUUUUCAUCACAGAUAAAACUUAGCUUGGGCAAAGCUAUAACAGAGACAUUUAUUACCAUUUAGAUAAAAAUUGUACAGUGAUUGACGUAGAUUCAAAGUUUGGAUCCCUCAGAAUAUCAUUGUAUUUAUUUUUUGUUUAGUACAGAGCUCAUUAAAGACAGAGGUGUGAGAGAGACAGGCAGGCAGACGGACACACACACACACACACUCCCUGAGGGAACACAAAGUCAUUUUGUGGCUUGAGACCACUGUAUGGCACACCAGGGGAGUUUCCCUCCCGGUCUCCCAGAAUAAGAUUUCAAGCCAAAAGCUGGAAAUGGCAUUGUGUUGUGUUCUCUCAGUUAAUAGUGGUAAAACGAAAUCAAACAAGUAGCAAAUAGAAAGAUAAAACAUAAAAGAAUGUGGUUAAUUCUAACCCAGAAAUAAUAUUGUAUUGGAGUUCAGCUACACAGUACACCUAAACUACAUUGACGACAGUGCAACGCAUUGAAAAAGGAUGUUCGGCGAUACUUUGAGUGUGUUCUCGUAUCCCAAAGCAAGCUGUGCUUGCUGCACGUGGCUGCUCGCCGUUUGACGUCACGUUGCUACUAGUAACGCCUUCUCCAAACCUUUGGGAAAAUUCCAGCAACAUCACCUAUUUAUACUAUAGUUGCAUAAUGAUUCUAUUUGUUGUAUCUUAUAAUGAUGUAUAUAAUGAAAUGGGGGCUGCAUUCCUUUGCAGUCCAUUAUAACUUAGUUUAAAGUUUUAAACGUCCUAUAGUUAGUGUCUGGACCAUACAGUCAGUUUGAUGACUUGUUGAACAUUAGCUUUAUUGUAAAGUAUACAUUACUUACCAUGGAUUAGUACAUUAUGUUUAAUUAUUAAUUACCAUUUUAUAUUGAUUAAUUCAUUUAUUUAUUUAUGUGAGUAACACUUAAAUAAGUCUGUAAUUCAUAAUGAAUUAUGUAUGAACUCAUUUAUCAGCAUGAUAAAAUAGGAAUUCAUGGGGUGGGGAGCACACACAUUUGUCUCCAAAUCAAAGGAGAGAUCUUAAAAUCUAAUCAGCAAAUCUACCUGUGUCAAUGCCAGGACGGGCAGAGAUAUUGACCUGAUUAGCACAAAGGGAAACACUCGCCUAUUUGGAGACACCACACAGACGAACAGUUACGAUAGUGUGGUAAAUAAGAGCAGGAAACAGUUACUGCAUCUCUGUAAAGGGCUGAGUCUGUACAUGGUCAACAACAGGACCAGGGGGGACUCGCAGGUGAGAGCUCUAGGUAGUAGUGUGGUAGAUUAUACCAUAACUGACAUAGACACAAAAAAUAUUAAUGCAUUUAUAGUGAGGCAACAGACUCCCUUGUCAGACCACAGUCACAUAACCCUAUACUUAAAAAGGUCAGAGCAGCCCACCACAGACCACAACUCUCCAGAAAAACUGGUCACCCUGCGACCCGGGUACAAAUGGACACAGUCAAGCACUGCAGACUACCAGAGAGCACUAACCAGAGACGAGGUGGAAGUAUGCUAACCUGCUUCCAAAAAAAACAAAAACAAAAAAAACAAGUAAAUUUAGCUGUUGAAAAUUUUAAUAGUAUUUUUGAGAAAUUGUCAAAAAAAUUUAAUCUAUGCAAAAUACUAAUGAAAAAAAAAUUCAAAAAAACCCUCUGAAAGACAAAUGGUUUGACAGCUCAGCAAGGAAACACCUGAGACGGAUGUCAAACCAAAAACACAGGGACCCCACCAGCUGGAGCCAUGCUUCAAUGACUGCACUGCACUGAAGCAGCACAAACCCCUCCUAGACAAGAAAAAACAAGACUGCAUGAACACAACCUGAGCAAUGAAACAAUCAGAACUCCUUUUGGGAAUUAUGGGAAAAAAUGAACACAAAGAUUUGGCAAUCCAAAAUGGCAAUAUAUGGAAAAACGAUUUUGAAAAUCUUUACCAAAAAAAAAAAACAAAAAAAAACAAACAAAUUUCAAUCCUAAAAAAAAAAAAACUAGAACAAACGAUAAAAGACAAUCAGAGCCCAUUAGACUCACCAGUAACUAUGCAGGAACUAAAGAAGAAACUCCACACCCUCAAACCUGGGAAAGCCUGUGGCACAGAUAACAUCAGCAAUGAGAUGCUGAAACAAAGGAACCGUACAAUGCAGGAGGCACUGCUUCAACUUUUUAAUUUAGUACUGGGAGCUGGGUGUGUUCCUGAAAUCUGGAAUCAAGAACUAAUUACCCCUAUCUGUAUAAAAGUGGAGACAAAUUGGACCCCAACCGCGGCAUCUGCGUGAGCAGUAACCUGGGGAAGGUGUUCUGCAGUAUCAUUAACGCCCAGAUACUGGCCUUCCUUACCGAACACAAUGUCUUGAGUAAGAGUCAGAUUGGAUUCCUCCCAAACCACCGCACUUCUGAUGAUAUUUACACCAUGCACACACUAACAAAUAAACAAGUCCAUCAAAAAAAAAAAAAAAAAAAAGGCUUGUUUUGUUAAUUUUAAAAAAGCAUUUGAUUCAAUCUGGCAUGAAGGACUUUUCCUUAAACUCCUCCAAAGUGGUGUAGGGAUAAAGUAUAUGACAUCAUAAAUUCAAUUACCGUAUCUUGUACAACAAAUACACUGAAAAUUGAAGUAGAAUUCACAAAUAAACUGAAAUGCUAUCGGGCUGUAAAAAUUGGAUUAGAUUAUUUGAAUGAUGGAGAGAAUUUUUAUUUUGUUUGCUUGACCAAAGAGAUAUUUAUGUUUUGAAUGAAUUAUUAUGAAAGCAUUACAUGCUUAUGUUGAAUGUAUUUGCAGUUUUGAAUAAAUAAGCACAUUUUGCAAAUGCAUUUGCUGUUUUGCAUCCUGUCAAAUAUUUCAAAAAGCAGCACUAUAGUUUCAAAAAAUGCUUUCAAACAGUUGAGAAAUACUGUAAAGUACAGACUCAGUGACCACAGCCUGGCCAUUGAAAAGGGCACAUAUAAAAAAUCCUGGGUUAGCAGAGAGGAACGGUUGUGCCGUCAUUGUGAACUAGUGGAGAUUGAUACACAGAUGCACUUCGUGUUGUCGUGCUCAAAAUAUAUAGAAAUACGGGGAAAAUAUACUCCUAAAUUUGAGAGCCAAGCACCAAAAUUUAAACUUCUCUCAGACAGCAUUAAAGUCCCCAUCCUACUGGGAGAGGAGGAGCGGACUGCAAAUCGAGCAGGCUACUGUGUACCUGCCUGCAACAGGUUAAGAGACAGUGUGUGCGUUCAGGGAGAGCAUGAUCUACGCAAACCUGUCCAACAUUGCCAACUGCCUCAAACAACGUCACCGGGUCACGCAGUUGCAGACUUCAGAAAGAACCUGUUAAUUUGAAUUACGAUUGGCAGGAUCGGUUCUUUCAUUCACAGCAGCAGCCAAGCCUCCCGCAGAUGUUUUUCAAAGAUCUGCACAGAUUUGAGGGUGGAGCUUCGUGGCGUCGCGUAGCAGCCCUCCCAGAACGGGAUUCUGUGCAGAACUGCGGAAAUCUGUGCUGCAAGAACGCACCCUGCGUGUCACUUACGCACAUGUCCAUUGGGUGCUUCUGCUGCCAGUACCCGUGCACCUGUCACUGUGCACCCGUGUUUAUUGGAAACCAGAACACGUGAGCGGUGCCUGAAAGCAAACUACAGCUUGUUAGAAAUGAUUGCCGUCACAGAAUGAAUGGAAACUGUAUUCUGUGAUAAAGACGUACAGAGAAAGCAUGCCUCUAAUUAUGAAACGAGCUAGUUUUAAUCAGUACUUGGAAAGUAAGCUAAGUUCUAGAAACUGCUAAGUUCUAUUCGGACUGUUAAAUUGAUACCGGAAUAUCGUUUGUGUCGUUUUCCAGCUGGUUGGAUGUUGUAUAUUAGACAUAGUGUGUGCGUAGUGAUUGUUCGAUUAGCAUGUUAUAGAUUUUAACGAGUGCGUAUUUACACCCCGACGUAGGCCACUUUGGAAAUUAGGAAGAGUAAAUGCAACCUUUACUCUGAAUUAUUUACAAGAAUACGUGAGACGAGUUUGGAUGUAUAGUGAAUAUAUGUAAUAUAUAUAUAUAUUUGUUUUAACUGCGCGUGUGAAUCAUGCUCCCCCAGCGGGGUAGAGAGUUCCUGGUACGGCUGUCUGGAUAUUGGAAGCCGCUUUUCAAUGGUAGGUUUCUCCUCGUCACCAACACGGUGAGCUGCGGUUCAAUGCUGGCCGUGGGAGACACGAUUCAGCAGGCACGGGAGAGCAGGAAGAAUCCGGGCACGAAGUGGGACUGGACCAGGACGGGGCGCAUGCUUGCUAUAGGAUGUUCCAUGGGGCCUUUCAUGCACUACUGGUACAUGUGGCUGGACAGAGUGUAUGUGGGGAGGGCUCUGAAGACGGCCACUAAGAAGGUGCUUAUCUAUCAGCUUGUUGCCUCUCCUACCCUGGGCGGAUGGUACUUUGUGGGAAUGGGAGUUUUGGAAGGACAUACUAUGAAGUAAGGCUGGGAGGAAUUUAUGAGCAAGUUUUGGGAAUUUUAUAAGGCUGACUGGUGUGUGUGGCCUCCUGCGCAGAUGAUUAAUUUCUAUUUCCUACCUGCCAACCUCCGUGUGAUCUACGUGAAUGUGAUCACAUUGGGAUGGGACACCUACCUCUCCUACCUCAAACACAGAAAGGAUGGAAAGACAGAAGCUCUUCCUACUGACUCCAGCAGUAACCCUGGAGACCAGGAGUCAGACACCUCUGUGUCGAAGUGCUUAGAAGAGACACAGUAGUGAUCUCAGAAUCUGAAGGCACUGCUUUGGCGCCAAACAUGUGUAGUGUAGUGUAGUGAACAUGUGCCAUUUCCUUCUUGUUUAAUAUCAUAAUACAUGUGCUCAGUAGCACUCCAUACUGUUGUCUCUGCAUAGAUCAUUGUUUUCAAUACUCAACUAUUCCAACACUCCAGACUACUAAAAGUUUUCUGGGGAAGCACACUACUGUUGCGAUGUGCAGUGAAGCCCAUUGGUGACUUGUUGUGCACUGAAUCCUGUGCUACACGAAUGUGCUUCCCUUGAGAAAAGAGCACUGAAACUAAUGAUCUAGACACACCGGACACAUACUGGGUAAGAAAUGAAGUGAUAGGAAAGGUAGAUGAUUGGAAGUGUGCCUUUAACGUGUUUGUUUCUUUUUAAGUGCAUGGUUUUGAAAAGGGAUGGGAAAUGUACUUUGCCUCAGGAAUUCACAUUCUUUUGUUUCUGCUAUACUGAGCAGUUUCAAGUCACUGAAGCAGUGAGAGUGUUCAAGCAAGCAGUAACAGAAUGAUAUGGUGAUUAGAACACACAUUGUGGUAUUCCAGCUUGUCUGUGUUCACUGAAGGGUAUCUCAUUAAAGUGCUUGUAGCUAAGUGAAUAAUUCCAUACGUGCCACUCAUUUCAAAGAGUACCUGCAUUGCUGCAGGAGGGAGCGUGAAUUGGAUCCACUUCGAUGUUUAGAAGAACUUUUUCCAACUGUAUCCACCCAUUCCCACAGUAAUACCACUGUUUCACUUCAUCAGCUGUGUGUCUGAACUAAUUUUUAGUGUCCGUUCCAAAUAUGGUGAUGUGUUUCUCAUGCAAGAAUAAUCAAUCAACACUGCUAAAAUGUAACAUUCUGCCAUUGCAAUUAUGUUUUCUUACUAAAAAGAAAAAUGAAUGAUUAUAGUUUUAAGGAAUGUAGGAACGUCAUGGGAAAGGUUUUAUGAUUACUGAUGGAGCUUGCUCUCCCUACAUUUUUUAUGGGGCUCUGGCUUCAAACUCAUGCUUUGUGUAACAGUAAAUGAUUAACACUGGUGACUCGCUAUAUUUCGUGAUGUUGGCACCAUUAUAUUUUUUUAUGUACAUUUUCAAAUUAGAGCUCUAGAAAAUUAUUUAAUUAAAAAAAUAACAUUGGUAUUAAAGAUUCUUUUCUGUUUA